AUUUUGCGUGGGUGUUCCGUUAAGUCGAAGGUGUGGCUCAUUAGCGAAAUCAAAAUGGCGUCCGUCGUUCUAUUCCAGCCUUCGCCUAGCUUAAAGAAAGCGGCUGGUCUUAUUAAUGAGGCUAAUUCUGACACUUUUGGCAAGAUACUUUCCAGAACACUACAAAAACUCCAUCUGAAGACCGACUCGGUUUUCAGUGAGGAUGAAAUCGAAAAGCUUCAAGGCUCCCUCGGGUUAGACUCGCAAGAUCUCGAGCUCCUUCUCGAAACGACCGUAUUCAUAUUUCAACAGGCUGCAUAUAAUAUAGCAAAAGUUCAAGUCCUUCAAAAGCAAUUACAAGAGAUUGGACUUAACGAAGAAAAGGCGGGUCUCUUUUCCCAGAUAUGGGGCAGUCAUGGGAAAUUAGUCGUCGAGAAACUCCGUUCUCAUCAGUUCUAUCCAAGUCAACUGGAGGAGACAAAAUGGCGGCUCAACCUUCAAAUGGCCGACUCGUCUUUUUCGAGACUGAAGGAACCGAAUGCCAUUUUUGAACUAACUGUUUCAGGAAAGGAAAAGGAGACAGAGAAGAUAAAACUGGACUUUAACCACUCCGAACUCUACCAAUUCUACAAGCAGCUUGAAAGCAUACAAGAUCAGCUUGAUUCUCUUAAUUAAUUUGUACAUUACUUAGGAAAACUAAUAGAUUUAUUAUUAUUGUUAUUAUUAUUAUUAUUAUUAUUAUUAUUAUCAUUAUUAUUGUGUUAUUGUAUUGCUAUUGUUGUUGCUGUUAUUUUUAUCUUUCUCUAGUUUCGAUUUCUUAGCUUUCAAUGUCUCCUCUCUUUCUCACUCACUCUCUCUCUCUCUCUCUCCAUCUCCUUGUCUCUCCUCUAAAGUUAUGGUGUAUGGAAGUAUGUAUGUAUAUUACUUUGCUGUUUAAAGAAAUCAACAAUUUUAAAAAACUA